UAUUUAUACCCAGAGCAUAUGACACGAGAGGAUUCAACCAUGGAAGCCAUGGCGUCAUCGCCGGCGGCUAAGCCCAGCACCACCCUCCGCGUGGCCGCCUUCAGCGGCUCCCUCCGCAAGGGGUCCUGGCACGGCGGCCUCAUCCGCGCAGCCGAGGAGCUGUGCGAGGAGUCCAUCCCGGGGAUGAGCAUCGACCACGUCGACAUCUCCGGCCUGCCCAUGGCCAACCCGGACCUGGAGACGGACGACGGCGACGGCUUCCCGCCGGACGUGGAGGCGUUCCGCGACAGGGUCCGCGUCGCCGACUGCUUCCUCUUCGCCUCGCCUGAGUACAACUACUCCGUCACCGCCACGCUGAAGAACGCGCUGGACUGGGCGUCGAGGGGCAAGCACAAGUGCUGGGCCGACAAGGCGGCGGCCAUCGUCUCCGCCGGUGGCAGCUGCGGCGGGGGCAGGGCGUCGUUCCACCUCCGCCAGAUCGGGGUGUUCCUCGACAUCCACUUCAUCAACAAGCCGGAGCUCCAGGUCAGGGCGUACGAGGACCCGCACAAGUUCGACGCCGACGGGAACCUCGUCGACGCCGAGACGAGGGAGCGGCUCAAGCAGGUGCUCCUCUCGCUGCAGGCCUUCGCGCUCCGGCUCCAGCAGCACUAA